GGCGGAGGCUGAACGUUCAAUACUUGCUGCUCGUUUGGGGAUUUAAAAGGUCUCUAUUCAACAAAACAGCAGACCGAAGGAGGUGGCAGGGGGAGGAGGAAGAGAAGGAGCCGGGUGACAGAGAGGUGUUGGAGAGAGCCAUGCUGUCUCUGAGUUGUGCGGACCCCUGGCCUGAAGGCUCUGUGGGGCUGGAGGAGGAGGUGGUGACCGCCGCUGCCCAGGCGGAGGAGCGGGACAUCGUCAACAACGACAGCAUCAGUAGCUGCAGCUCCGUCAACUUGGAUGACAGCCUGACCAGCCUGCAGUGGCUGCAGGAGUUCUCCAUCCUCGGUGCCAACGAGCCGCAGCAGGCCCACCACCAGCCGCACCUGUUCGGCCAUCAGCCGCUUGGCUCUGAUGCCCCGGCCUCCCCUCUGGCCGGGGACCCCGCCUCCAUCGGCAUGCCCCUGACCCCGGGGAAGCCCACAGCUGCGGCCUACAGCAGGAUGCAGUCCCUCCCCGGCAUAGUGGCUCACGGUCACUGCCCCGAUGAGGUGGACUACAAGACCAACGCGCACAUCAAGCCGCCGUACUCAUACGCGACACUCAUCUGCAUGGCCAUGCAGGCCAGCAAGAAGACCAAGAUCACUCUGUCCUGCAUCUACAAGUGGAUCACCGACAACUUCUGCUACUACCGACAUGCUGAUCCCACCUGGCAGAACUCCAUCCGACACAACCUGUCGCUUAACAAGUGCUUUAUCAAGGUGCCGCGACAGAAGGACGAGCCAGGAAAGGGUGGUUUCUGGAAGAUUGACCCUCAGUACGCUGAGCGUCUCCUGAGUGGUGCCUAUAAGAAGAGACGAAUGCCACCAGUCCAGAUCAACCCAGCCCUGCAGAACAGGCUUAGGGUCAACCUCCAGCCACAAUCCAGAGGACCCUGCAGCCCCACAGGAGGUCAGGGUGGCCUGUGCAUCAACCCAGAGUCCCAGCGGCUCCUUAAGGAGUUCGAAGAGGCAACUGGUGCCGACCAGAACUGGGACCCCCAUAUGGCUGAAGGGACCAUGCUGGGGUCCUGGCCGGUGGUGAGGGGAAGAGGUGGGCACAAGAGGAAACUGGGGUCCAGAAUUGGCGGCGCCAAAGCCCCCCGGCGCUCCAGCUCCCCCUUGCUCUCUGCAGACGAACCGAAAGAGAUCGGACCUUUGAAGGGGGACUUUGACUGGGACGCCCUGCUGGACUCGGCCCUCAGCGGGGAGCUCACUUUGGAGGGAGGAGAACCUCUGAGCCCCAUCUUGAAAGAGGAGGACCUGACAGUGCGGGGGACCCACAUCUCUCUAGUCGAAGCCCCUGUGGGGACUGCGGACAUCCACGUGUUGGCGGAGAACCAAAGGAAUAAUGAUGUGUCAGACUUUGAUGAGGAGACCUUCCUUGCCACCGCCUUCCUGGAGAGCCCCUGGCCAGAAGAGGAGGAACAAGGCCGCAACGAUUUCCUCUGUACCUCUUCGGUCAACCUGGACCAGCUUUUUGACCUGGGAGACUCAUUAGGCGGAGAUCCGAGCACCCGGAUUGACACCCUCCUUUGAGGAACAGUUGGUCCUCUUUCACACUAAAAACUCACUGAGGAAUAACAGACAUUUUUUACACUCAAGCAACCCUUAUUGUCUUUUUCAAGAUGUUUAAAGUAUUUUUAGAAUUACAUUUUGAUGCUUAUUCAUGCAGGAAGUACAUUUCUAAUGCCUACUGAACAAAGAUGCCACAAUGUGCAAAAGUACUUCACGUCAACCUGGAGAACACAAACCUAUGUCUGAUCUCUUUUGGUGAACCAUGAAAAGACUGAAGACAAACACAAACUAACUUUCAGAAUUAGAACCUUGUCACACCAGCACAGUGAAUAUAAUUCGUCCUCACAAAAUAUUGUGCUGUAGAAACUCAGUUCCGUAGUAACUAACCUGUGAGUUAGUAGCAUGGAUGUUUGAAGGGAGCCUGACAAAGUGCGGCCACUUUGCUGCAAGUUUGUCCCAGUGGCCAAUUGCAGUACUACAACAAAUACAUUCCUAGAAAUGCUUGAACUCAAAACAAGUCUGAGUACUAGUUUUUGUCUUAGGUUGCAUUCCAUUUACUGCGAAAGUUGGAGGUCGGACCUGGGAAUGAUGUCACGUACGAGUUGACAGCAUUCCAACACAACUUAGAAAAGUCGGAAAACCAAGAUUUUAACACCAGUUCUAGCCAGGUUAGCUGACAGCUAGCUAAAAGCUGAUAACAAUGCAUUACUGUAUCACUGUAUUUCAUGCAUUCAAACCCCGUAGCAACAUUUCCACUGAUGUAGUGGAAGUUGGACAGGACUGUGCGUACAACUGUUUGAAUGACACAUAAAUAAGAAAGAAGUGCUAAUAAAUUGUAUAUUGCGACAGCUUUUACUACUGCUAAUGCAUGAAGAGUAGCCAUACUGGAUUUUGUUGUCAGGGUCAGAGAGGUUUCUCCGACUUUUUUCAAGUUUGAAAAAUGACUUCAGGGGACCUUUUGAAAUUUCUGACUGAGCCCACAAAUAUUCAGCCUCCCCGAUGCAACCAUGAGGUGUUACUUUCGUAAACGUUUCCAGAGCUUUGAAAACUGAUUUUAAGGAAAGUGAUGUCAUCAAGUCUAUGGGCCAGAAGGAGAAACACUAAUGAGCAUGUGCAGUGGGACAAACUUUUUGGCUUUUGUGCCCUGGAAAACAAUUUUUUAAUAGAUUCAGUUUGCACCGUCUUGGACUCUGCUAUCCAGUUUAAAUAAUACAUCCAUGGUUAGCAGGCUUGUUAGCUGAAGCUGUAUCAUGUCCUCUUGUCUGCUGACUAUGUGUUAACCAGUUUGUACUCUGAGAGAGGAACUUCCAUAAAAUUGGAUGGUGACACACUGCUUAUAAGCUAUAAUAGACAGCAAAGGCAGGCUCUUUCUGGAUAUUCAGUAAUUAGUUAUGACGCACAUUUUAAAACAUGGAUUUUAACUCAAAUCAUUUGCAUAGAUUCACUUCACCAAUGCAAGCUUAUCCUUUUGAAGGAACUUAUUUCAACACAUUUUUAAAAUUUGGGUUUGAACAGGCUUUUAGGAUGACACAUUAUGGUCUCUGUUUACAUCAUAAAAAGUGUGCUGUCAGGCUGUAAUUGUACACUUCAUCAGACCUGAAUAAGUUUUGAAGACAAGUAAUCCACAGGUUUUAAAGAGGAAGAAAUAAGCGAGUAGUAUCGGUAGAUUUAAGGCUGAGGCUAUGAUUGACAGAGAAAUCAUUUGUUGUUCAGAAUUUUUUUAAUAUGUAAAUACUGUGACAGCAGCACUACAAUGAUGAAUAAUGACAUACUUGCCAAAUGAUGUUUGGUGUAGGAGUGAUUCACUGUACUAGGGUUUUGUUUUUUGCGUGGGGUUUUUAAUACUAACUUUUCUCUGUAUGCAUUUUUUUCCAAA